AUGAGCGGGCCACGCCAAAAAUAUACACUUCAACUCAACACCUCGAUUCAUCUCUGUCAAUUUGCCCUCGACGGAGGAUCCUGGCCAAAGAAGCCCAAUAACCCAACCAAAAACACGAUGCCCCUGCCACACUUCAAGCUCAUCAUCGUCGGAGCAUCCAUCGAAGGCCUUACUUUAUCAUAUUGUCUGCACCGGGCAGGUAUAAACUACCUUAUCCUCGACAAGCGCAACGAACAUGUCCCUCUUCCAGAGGAACCCUUGAUUAUCAUGCCCAACGGAGCACGGGCCUGGAAUCAAUUAGGUCUACUAGACCUAAUGGUAGAUCCUUUCGAGCCGAUCGAGACGGCCUACAUGACUCUACCAGAUGUGGGUUCACACGAGAUAUGUUUUCCAAAAUCUCUAUGUGAACAGUCUGUAUACCUUCAUUCCAUUCAAUUGUCCUCUCUGAAUGUCGCACAGAUUCGGAUAUUCGCCAGCGUUUCUAAAAUGACCGGGUCUCUGCCGCGCAUCGCCUGUUUCCACGGUGGUGGGUCGAAGGGCGCCAUCUACGAGGUUCAAUGCGCCCAGCUGGCCGGACUGCUCAAAAAUGACUUUCAAUUCGUUUUCUUCGAUGGGCCGUUCGAAAGCGGACCCGGACCAGGCAUUCUGCCCGCUUUCCGUGAUUACAAGCCUUUCCGGUCAUGGUUCAAGAGGGACGGAUCGGAGGUCGAGCAGAGCGAUGGGAGUGGAUACGACAUCUCGGGGCGGGACGGUGUGGAGCGGGUGUGGAAAUUGAUGGAAGCGGCGGGACCCGGUGGGGAAUGGGUCGGAGUGAUGGGAUUCAGCCAGGGCACCCGCAUCACCAGUGGGCUGCUGCUGGAUCAACAGCAGAGGACGUCGUUGGGGGAACCGGGAAGUACUCCGCAACUGAAAUUCGGGGUGCUGUGUAUGGGUGGUGGUGCACCCAUGGUGUCGGAGAUCGGUCAUCAGUUUGCCACCAUGGGAUCGACCGAGUUGAUCAAGAUACCGACGCUACAUGUUCAUGGACUGAAGGAUAUGUUUUUGGAACUGGGAAAGCAGCAACAUGCGAUGUAUUAUGAACCAGGUACAUCCAAGGUAUAUGAGGUUGACUAUCACCACGCCAUGCCUUGGUAUAAGCAUGAAGUUCAGCGACUGGCAGACCUGAUCCGUGAGCUGUAUAAAGAAACUAGUCGGAAUUGA